AUGAUCAUGUCCCUGGUGCCACCGGGGGGUGCGGACUCCCCGAGUCCACGGCGAGCUGUUAGUCCCCUUCUGGAGAUGCGCAGGCCACAUUGUACUCUCGCCUGUGAUUACUGCGCGGCUAUACUUGAAGACAAAUUUAAACGUAGCGCCGAGACGCGCAACAGAGGCACAUCUCCACUAUCAGUAUCACCACGACAAUCUCUAACUGGGGAACCACCUUGGACUUUGCCAGAUGACGAUCGACCUGACUUCUCAGCGCUCAAGGAAAACAUUCACAGAAUCAACAAAGAUUGCGAAACUUCGACACGUCUAGACAUGUUACUGACGCAAGUGGAGCAGUAUGCAAACAACCUCGAAGCUUUGGUAGAGGAGAGAACUUCUGACUAUCUCGAGGAGAAGAGGAAAUGCGAGGAAUUGUUGUAUCAGUUGCUACCAAAGUCUGUUGCUUCCCAAUUAAUAAUGGGACAGCCGGUAAUGGCGGAAACAUAUGAUCAGGUGACCAUAUACUUCAGUGAUAUUAUCGGCUUCACAAAACUGUCAGCUGAGUCCACACCGCUGGAAGUGGUGGAUCUACUCAAUGAUCUGUAUACAAGCUUCGAUUCAGUCAUUGAGAACUUUGAUGUUUACAAGGCAAGCGACGCGUAUAUGGUGGUCUCAGGUCUACCCAUGCGCAAUGGCAACAGGCAUGCAGCAGAGAUUGCACGCAUGUCCUUGGCUUCUACUCAAUGCUGUGCGUGCAAAAAACCGUCCCUCACAGGCGCGGUGAACGUCUGCUACUCAGGAUUGGCAUGCAUACAGCACUAUGACAUCAUCAAAUCACAAAAAAAAAAAGCCAUCAUACAUUACAUACUUAAAAUAGAAAAACAAUCAAUCUGGCUUAAAACAAAACAAUCGGAUAGGAAUAUUGUUGAUAGCACCAACGAUGGUGCAAAUUUGGACGCCAAGGCGUAA